CGAUGGCAGAAACUGAAAUCCCCCAACACUGCACUUUUUCAUUGUCGCGACCUCCUCCCUUCUGUUCCCCGACAGAAAUUCAGCGAUUGACUUUGCAUCUUGGAGCUCGGUGAUAAUGGAUUUCUAGAUCUGCACGGCUCGAGUGGGAUUUAAUGAUAAUAUCCUAGCAUUUUAUUUUAUCAAGACCAUUGAUCUCAUUGCACCUCUAUAGUCGCGCCACGUGUCUGCUAGCGCCUAGUAAUGCUCGCACUGGAUCCUGUUCCCCAUAGCCGGUGAUCCCAGAGGGAAGCAAUCACAAUCAGGAGAAAAUAACUAGAGUGCCAACGAGAAGCGGACGAGCACUGAAUCAACGGUGUCCUCCAUCCUGCCUCAAGAAAUUGAGGGAGCGUAGAGAUCAGAGGCGUUGCAACUCGUUCUCUUUCAUUACAAGGCAAAAAUGACAGGAGUAAUUCAGAAGUUUUUUAUUGCGUCACUGCUUAUGUGGGCUGCCCCUCUGGCAAUUCUAUAUGGGUUUAACCAUAAUCUGCUACCUGGAUCCGCUAAUCUGUCCCCGUACUCUACAACUCUGGCGAGCGGAUUUCUUGCGGUCAUAUCAGUUAAUAUUGUCAUAGUAUUUUACAUAAUUAUGGCAAUGAGAGAACCUGCUGAUAAACAUGUGCCGGAUCCAAAAUUUCUUGCUGAGGCUAAAGCCAGCAUGAACCAAUCUACAGGAGACUCGCCGCAACCUAAUCUCAAGAAACAAGAUUAGCUCGGAGCUCCUAGUUCAUUGUCUUGCAAUAACUAGUAGCUCUCUGUAAGGGAGGGAAAAUUUUGGGGUGAGGUGGCCAGGUCCUGAGUUUUGUACGCUCCUAAAGCUUCGUAGAAAGAUCGCAUGCGAUUCAUCACGAGCACUACUUCCCUGCCAUAUUUUAUGGCAUCAAUGUCUCUUAGUGUAUACAAGUUCUUUGACGGUAUGUGAUGCAAACCCUUUUCUUCCCGCUUUUCACUGUUUUAUUUUGGGUUCUCUGCCUGGAGGGAAAUGAUUUGGCGGAAACCUGUGAAGAUUUUUACGGCAUAACAUUUUCGAUAGACUUUGUUUGUAAGGUGCGGGCAUGUGAACAGGUCAGAGGUUAAACUUGCUGAUAAAUUAUGUAACUUGUUUCCAUGGUGAUUCUUUAUGGAUCUAGUCUCUUUCAGGAUA